AUGAAACGUAAAAUUCCCAAGGAAAGGUUUGUAAAAUUCUUUAAAGCUGACGAGUCAUAUCGUAAAAUUGCACUUCUCCAUCCUCACAUCCAAGUUGUAUCUUUUACACAAAUAGUUGAAUGUCUGAAGAUUACAUUGUGGAACAAAGUUGUUGACAAUAAGAUGAGUUCCUUAACAUCUUUAUGA